UUUGGUGCUCCCGCUCUUUUAGUGAUGAACCAUUGUCACACAAAAGGUUCAUGUGGCGAGAACUACCUAACCAUUUAUUAGUUAGACCAAAGAAUGACCAUUUGCAUGACUUCCUCUAUAAGUCCCUAUAUAUCCUUUCAAACCAUAAGGUAUUCGAUGAAAAUUUCUCCAGCACUUAUUUUUCUUCUCUCAUGGAGAAGCUCUGGCAGACACUAAUCAACUGCAUCAUCAUCAGUGCAGCUAUUUUACUGCACUGUCUUAUUUCAUGUAGAGCAAGAGCUGUGUUGCCCCAUUCUGCAGAAAGAAAAGGGACAUGGAAGUUACUGCUGAACAACACUGGAGUGGUGGGUGUGCAUAUGGUUUUAACCCAUUGGAACACUGUGAUACUGCUUGAUCGGAGCGGGUCUGGUCGAUCAGGGUACCAGCUACGUCAUCGGUUAAAUGGAACAAGAUGCAAGGGCACUCAUGAUGACUUGUCAGACCCAACUUGCUAUGCUCAUUCUGUUGAGUACAGCAUUUCCAACAACAGUAUCAGGCGCUUGAAUCUCAUGUCUGACACUUUUUCAUCUUCUGGCUCCAUCUUGAGUGAUGGAAGGAUAAUUGAAUCUGGAGGCUUUGGAGACGCUUCGACAAGGAUUCACUACUUUGGGCCUUGUAAAAGUGGUGAUAAUUGUGAUUGGAGCCUGGGCAAGAAGCACUUAUCUCAAAAACGUUGGUACGCUUCUAGCCAAAUUCUCCCCUCAGAUGACAGGAUCAUCGUUGUUGGAGGACGAGGGUCCUUCACAUAUGAGUUUAUACCAAAAAUGUCGACCAAUGGAAAUGUUUUUCAUCUUCGUUUCUUGCAGCAAACUAAUGACGGAAAUGAAGAUGGAAACAAUCUUUAUCCUAUUGUUCACCUUUCCGUUGAUGGCAAAUUGUUCAUUUUUGCCAACAGGGAUUCCAUUCUUUUUAACUACAAGCAAAACAGGGUUGUAAAAAAAUUCCCAAGAAUCCCCGGAAUAGGGUCAAGGAGUUAUCCAAGCACAGGAUCAUCAGUUAUUCUUCCACUGGAUCAGAAAGAUGGCUUCCGCAAAGUGGAGGUCAUGAUAUGUGGAGGGGCAGCUUCAGGGGCGAAUGCAGCUGCUCGACAGGGCAGAUUCUUGAAAGGUCUAAACAGUUGCGGAAGAAUGUUGAUCACUGGAAAUAAUCAUAAAUGGAAGAUGGAAAAUAUGCCAGGGCCACGCCUGAUGAACGAUAUGGUGCUUCUUCCAACAGGACAUGUACUAAUCAUAAAUGGCGCAAAGAGAGGUUGUGCUGGAUGGAGAAAUGCAGCUAGACCUGCUCUUGAACCUUACCUAUACAACCCCAAGAAAACUCUUGGCAGAAGGUUCACGGUUCUAAAAUCCACUAAAAUCGCGAGAAUGUUUCAUUCAUCAGCAAUUCUUGUACCUGAUGGAAGCGUACUAGUAGCAGGGAGCAAUCCAAAUAAUCAAUACAUUUACAAAAAUGCAAGUCACCCUACUGAACUCCGGCUACAGGCAUUCAUCCCGGACUAUAUGGGCAAGGAAUACAGUCAUCAACGGCCUCAUAACGUGUCAAUUGACAUCAAUAGCAAGGAAGGAGUUGCAUAUGGUAACGAAUUUUUGGUUCGUUUUUUGCUACAGAGUAAGCCUAGUAAAUAUCUGGCUUUUAGUGCAUAUGCUCCGCCAUUUACGACACAUUCCCUGUCGAUGAAUCAGAGGUUGUUGAGACUCAGGUGCACACGGAUAAUAAGUGAUGCAAAAGGUUGGUUGAAUGCUACUGUGGUAGCUCCUCCAUCAGCUAACGUUGCGCCCUCUGGAUUUUAUUUGCUUAGUGUUGUUAAUGAGGGAAUUCCUAGCAUUUCUGAGUGGAUUAAGUUCAUUCAGCCUGCUUCAACUUGAAUUAAUCAUCUUGUUUAACUUAUGAAUUCUAUUGCUAAUGUUCCAUACAAUAUCGUUUUUGUUACGAAUGAUUUCUUCGUGUCAUUUCAUGCUAAUUGAUUACAUAGACUUAUUACUCUAUUAUUUA